GCCACCUGUCAUUCUCCGUCAUGCCGUAGUCUCCCCCCAAAUUAAAACCACCCGCAACUGUUUUCCCGAGAAAAUUACCCCUCACAGUAAACAAAAUUUCCCGAGAAAUGAUUCGAUCCUCGUGAAGAAAAAGAAGGAAAUUCUAACCGGGCGAGACCAUAUCCAUGAGGUCGAUCUAUGACCUCUUUUCAAACUUACAAAACCGAAAGCUUUCCUCUUCAAUUAUUUCAUGGACAAUCGAGGGCAACAAGACCGAGACAAAGCCCUAAUUACCAACCCGAAGCAAAUCAAUGCCGCUGAUGAUAAUGUGCACGCAAUUGAAUGGGAAGAUUUCGAGAACGAGCUAGCUAGAUUGUGGAGUUUAACUUCUGCCCUUAAGGAAGCUAAUGAGAAGAAGCAAAGUCUUCAAGAAAAGCUCCAAUCACUCAUUCAGGUCAAAACUGAGUCUUUGAAUAAACUGAAUGAACUUGAGGAAAUGCGUGAGAAACUAGAGGCAGGAAAACUAGUGAUGGCAAACAUGUCAGCUCGUUGCAAAGUUGCAACAGAGGAUGCUAAGAAACAGGAGGAAAUGCUUAGUACUGAAGUGAGAUCAUUGUUGGUUGCCGGUACCUCUCUUUCUGGGGCAAGGAAGCGAUUGCAGGAAGCAAAUAGAUUACUCACUGAAGAAAGAGGUCAUGUUAAACUUAAAAAUGUGCAAAGGAAGCUUCGAGCAAGGCAACAAUAUAUGAUAUCACAAGUUUCACUACUCUAUCCUGUAAAGAUCUUGGUUGGACCUGCUCAAGAGCAAGAACUUGAGUCCUAUUCUGGCAGUAGUAGAGUAGGGAAUGCUUCUGUAUCUAAGCCUGCUAAUCAAGGGUCCUUGACGAUUUUAGGUCUUAAUCUUACCAUGCUUCCUUUCACAAAGAUCAGUUUUUUCACCGACAAAAAGGAGGUUCAGAGAUCUGCAAGUGCCUUAGGAUAUGUUGCACAUGCUGUUUCACUAAUUGCAUCCUAUUUACGAGUUCCUUUGCGUUAUUCUCUGCGCUUGGGUGGUUCUCGCUCAUACAUUAACGACCAUGCGCCUUCAGUAGAGCCUGCAUCUUCUGAUUUGUCAUCGGAUACGGCGUUUUCAGCAAAUGUAAAACAAGCAGUAUUUCCGCUGUUUUUAGAUGGUCAAGACACAACAAGAGCAGCAUAUGCUGUAUUCUUGUUAAACAAGGAUAUAGAGCAGCUUCUGAAUUUCAUCGGGAUCAAGAGUUUAGGACCGCGGCAUGUUAUGGCAAAUUUGAAGGAGCUUCUAAGAUCUGUCCAAUCUUCAGAAUAUAUAGAUACCUGAUUUUGUAGGAUCAACUGUAAUUAGCUAUUAAUACAAUAUAAAUGGACAACCUUCACUCACACGGUACAGCUGCGCAUUUUUAACCAACCCCAUUGUACAAGGAAAAAAAACCCUUUAAAACCCACAUUUUUUGUUGUUUA